AUGACAAGGGCAGCACGUCGAAGGAUAUCUUGGCCCCGGGGGGGCGGCCUGAAGUGUCUCCUUCAGAAUGCUCGCGGUAGUGGCAACGCGGUCCUUGGGCACCUCAAGGAGAAACCUGUGUCCGGCUGCCAGCUGCCCUGUAAUGCUAGCGCUGGAUUGCCGACUUGUCCUCAUCCCUGUCGCGCUGCGUUGCGACGAGGUCGGCGGGCAACCGUGGUGUGCAAUGCCGCGGCGAAGAAUUUCUACGAUAUCUUGGGCGUCAGUCCGACUGCAUCAGAGCGGGACAUUAAAUCCGCAUAUCGCAAAUUAGCCAUGAAGCUGCAUCCAGACGUCAAUAAGGCGCCAGACGCUCAAAAGCGCUUCAUGGAAGUCAAGGUAGCGUACGAAACGCUUUCGGACUCCAAGCAGCGCGGCGAGUACGACAGGCGGCUUCGUAUGGAUGACCUUGUUCGCGAGCUCGAAAAGGAGUUUACGGCGUGGGUUAACGAGCGAGACAGGAGCGGUAAAAGUAAGAGCCUACUCGAAGAGCUCGAGGACAUUGGCGAGGAGCUGUUGGACUUCCUAGAGGAGACAUUGGGUAUAAAGGAUGAGAAACCCGAAUCGAGGGCAUCGGGGGGAUCAGGCGCCACCUCCCAGAACGCCCCACCGCGAGACACGCGGUCAGCUGCAGAGCGUUUCGAUGACAUUUGGAGGCAGUACGGCGAUGGUGCGACGCCCGGCUAUAGUACCAGCAGCACUGGUCGCAGCUCCACAACGGCUGGAAACAGCGCCACCAAGGCUGGGAACAGUAAUACUGCCUCCGGAACAAAGAAGGACGCUUCAAGCGGCAGCCAGCGCCGAGAGGGAAGUUCGUCGUCGUCCUCGACCAGUUCUAAUGGGUAG